AUGUCCGCAGCUGUGAUCCCCGACGGAACAGGUGUCCUCACAAUCGAUCCGUGGCUGGAACCACACAAGGAUGUGCUGAAGCAGCGGUACAGCUUGGUGCAGAAAUGGGCGUCCGAUAUCGAACGGUCUGAGGGUGGACUGGAGAAGUUUAGCAGGGGUUACGAAACCUUCGGUCUGCAUGCGCUUCCAAAUGGUGAUAUCACAUACCGCGAGUGGGCACCUAACGCGGUGCAAGCGUCGCUGGUCGGCGAUUUCAACAACUGGGACGUCAAUGCCAACACAAUGACCAAGAAUAACUUCGGGGUUUGGGACGUGACGGUGCCGGCCAACGGCGGCACCCCAGCCAUUCCCCAUGACAGCAAGAUUAAGAUCACCAUGGUUCUGCCCAGCGGAGAGCGUAUCUACCGUGUCCCUGCGUGGAUCAAGCGCGUCGUUCAAGACCUCAGCGUCUCGCCUGCAUACGACGCGGUGUUCUGGAACCCUCCUGCGAGCGACCGCUACAGCUUCAAGAACGCGCGGCCCAAGAAGCCCGAGAGCCUUCGUAUCUACGAGGCCCACGUGGGUAUCUCGUCCCCCGAGACCCGCGUGGCAACCUACAAGGAGUUCACCAAGAACAUGCUUCCCCGCAUUCAGUAUCUGGGCUACAAUGCUAUUCAGCUGAUGGCCAUCAUGGAGCAUGCGUACUACGCCAGCUUCGGAUACCAGAUUAAUAACUUUUUCGCUGCGAGUAGUCGCUAUGGAUCACCAGAGGACUUGAAGGAACUGAUUGACACUGCGCAUGGUCUAGGCUUGGUGGUUCUGCUUGAUGUUGUGCACAGCCACGCGUCGAAGAAUGUACUUGACGGACUUAAUGAAUUCGAUGGCACGGAUCACCUUUACUUCCAUGGUGGUGCCAAGGGCCGUCACGAGCUGUGGGACAGUCGGUUGUUCAACUACGGUAACCAUGAAGUGCUGCGCUUCCUCUUGAGUAACCUGCGGUUCUGGAUGGAGGAGUACCAGUUCGAUGGAUUCCGGUUUGACGGUGUCACCAGUAUGCUCUAUAAGCACCAUGGAAUCGGGACGGGUUUUUCUGGUGGCUACCAUGAGUAUUUCGGCCCGGGGGUGGAUGAAGAGGGUGUGACGUACCUUACCCUCGCCAACGAAAUGCUGCACAGCCUCUACCCCGAGGUUAUCACCGUCGCUGAAGAUGUCUCGGGCAUGCCAGCGUUAUGCCUUCCACAUGCUCUAGGUGGCGUCGGCUUUGACUACCGUCUCGCCAUGGCUAUCCCGGAUAUGUACAUCAAGCUUCUCAAAGAGAAGUCCGACGACGAGUGGGACAUGGGGAAUCUGGCACACACAUUGACAAACCGUCGCCAUGCCGAGAAGACUAUUGCCUACGCCGAGAGCCACGACCAAGCCCUUGUUGGAGACAAGACCCUGAUGAUGUGGCUCUGCGACAAAGAGAUGUACACAAACAUGUCCGUCCUAACAGAGUUCACCCCCAUCAUCGAGCGCGGCAUGGCCAUGCACAAGUUAAUCCGCCUCGUAACCCACGCCCUCGGCGGUGAAGGCUACCUCAACUUCGAGGGCAACGAAUUCGGCCACCCCGAAUGGCUCGACUUCCCCCGCGAAGGCAACGGCAACUCGUUCUGGUACGCACGCCGCCAACUGAACCUGACCGAAGACCCUCUGCUGCGGUACCGAUUCCUGAACGAAUUCGACCGCGCCAUGCAGCUCACCGAGGAGAAGUACGGCUGGCUGCACGCGCCGCAGGCAUACAUCAGCCUGAAGAAUGAGUCGGACAAGGUCCUUGUGUUCGAGCGCGCUGGGCUGCUGUGGAUCUUCAACUUCCAUCCGACCCAGAGCUUCACGGAUUACCGGGUCGGGGUCGAGACUGCGGGUACUUACCGUAUUGUCCUGGACUCUGAUGAUCCUGCCUUCGGUGGCCUGGGCCGGAACCUGAAGGAGACUCGCUUCUUCACGACUGACAUGCCGUGGAAUGGAAGGAGCAACUUCACUCAGGUGUACAUCCCUACGAGAACUGCUUUGGUUCUCGCUCUAGAGGAGACGCUGUAA